CAAGACAGCAGAGAAAGACAGAGAGAGAGAGAGAGCAGCAGCAGCUUUCAUAACAGAUUUAAUAAGAGUGGAAUAUUCACAAAGCCAGGAGAAUCAACUUUGCAUAAACAGGCUUCAUCGCUGGUCUGUAUUUUACGCCUGUCAUCAGAGAAUCCACCAUGGCACUACUGAUGAAUUACUGGAUGUGGUUGGUUGCUCUAUCCUCGACAGUGACCUCGAGCCAUGCCUUGAGAAGAAUCUCCCUGAAGAAGAUGCCAUCUAUCAGAGAGACACUGAGGGAGAUGGGUGUCUCUGCAGAGCAGGUCAUGACUGAGUUGGCCCAGAAGAGCACAGACGACAACAACAACGGCACUGUUCCCACACCUCUAACCAACUACUUGGACACUCAAUAUUUUGGGGAAAUCAGUAUCGGCUCUCCUGCCCAGAUGUUCAACGUGGUGUUUGACACGGGCUCAGCCAACCUGUGGGUGCCCUCGCAAAGCUGCUCACCUUUCUCCACUGCCUGUUUUACUCACAACAGGUACGACGCCUCCAAGUCUCGGACUUACGUUGAGAACGGAACUGGGUUUUCCAUCCAGUACGCCUCUGGAAACAUCCGAGGAUUUCUGAGCGAGGAUGUGGUCGUGGUUGGUGGUAUUCCUGUGGUGCAGGUGUUUGCUGAAGCGGCCUCUCUUUCGGCCAUGCCUUUCAUCUUUGCCAAGUUCGAUGGGGUCCUGGGGAUGGGUUACCCCAACGUAGCUAUCGAUGGCAUCACCCCCGUGUUCGACCGCAUCAUGUCUCAGCAUGUCCUCAAGGAGGAGGUGUUCUCUGUCUACUACAGCAGGGACCCAAAACACUCCCCGGGUGGAGAGCUGGUCCUCGGUGGCACUGACCCAAACUACUACACUGGAAACUUUAAUUAUAUGGACACCAGAGAGACGGGCCAAUGGGAAGUUACCAUGAAAGGUGUUUCUGUGGGGAUGGAGAUGCAUUUUUGUGCGGAGGGCUGCACAGCUGUGAUCGACACCGGCUCCUCCUACAUCACAGGCCCGGCCUCCUCUGUGUCCUCGCUGAUGAAAACCAUCGGAGCACAGCUGGAUGAGAGUGGAUACAAAGUCAACUGUGACUCUGUCAAGACAUUGCCGAGUGUCACUUUCCACCUGGGUGGCCAGGAGUACUCACUCACUCAUGAGGAUUACAUCUUAUGGCAAUCACAGAUCGAAGGGGACGUCUGCACCGUCACCUUCAGGGGCUUGGAUGUGCCGCCCCCUACAGGUCCCAUCUGGAUUCUGGGAGCCAACUUCAUUGCCCGCUACUAUACAGAGUUUGACCGUCGCAAUAAUCGGAUAGGUUUUGCUACAGCAGUCUGAUGGGAAGUCACGUCAGCCGUGUUGCUCUGUUUUCUUUUUCUCUAUCUUUGCUGCUAUCUCCUCUUUGUCCAGUCCUCCCUUCCAGCCCAGUCACACAGUACUUCAUGAAAUAGUCACGAAAUUUAAUGUAUUGAUUCAUGUACAUAGAUAUUAAUUUCCCAUUUUUUUCAUGAUGGUCAGCACAAAAUCAAUUCUUAUGUAAUUCACGUACUUGUGAUGUAUAAACAGCAGUGAACGCCGCGUAGGGCAACCCGUUCUCACUCCCAACUCGUCAAAUACCGUUGUUUGGUAAGUGCCCCUCGGCAUCAGAAAUUGAAGCAUGGAGGCACCCUUUAGCAACAGUAUAUGACGAACAAGGUUUGGUUUCGGAGAAAGCGAUGUAGUAUUGAUAGUGUCAGAAUCUGCUAAUGUUGGGCAGGACGGGUGGUGGAUGGGUCAAACAAAUACAAGACUUUCAACCAGGAGACUGGUGUUCGUAUCCUGUGUGAAACUAAAAGUAAUAUUGAUUCGUUUUGUCACGUCAGUCUUUAGUCACGUGACUCGUCAGUAUUGCCCCGUGAGUCACGUGAGUCGCUGGUCAGCAAAGUUAACGUCAACCACAACCGUUUCCUAACCCUAACUAAGUGGUUGAGUCUCCGACGCCGAGGGGCACUAACCAAUCGACGGUAUUUGACGAGUUGAGAGUGAGAAUGUGUUGCAUAGGCAGGAGGUCGGGGUGGAUGGGUGUGUCGAAAAACACCAGACUUUUGCCCAGGAGACCGGUGUUUGUACCCCGAAAACCUGUGAA